AUGGCUCAUGGAUUCCUUACAAGACCUUUUGACUCUGUAGAGGACGUUGCGUCCUUAAAGACCCAAGUUCACUGGGUUCAUCUCGAUGGAAUGAACGGCGCAAUGGCCGUUUUCGCCAAAUUCAUCAUGCAGUCCCUCAAAACUUCAGCGGACAUAACCACUCUUUCAGUAAAUACCACCUCUUCGACUUUGAUUCAUGAAGUCUUCAACAUUGGACGCCAACUUCCCAUGCUCAGACACCUCUCCAUUGCCGCCGCGUGUUCCAUUUCAUCGUUUUGGGCACGGCUGGAGAAUACUUUUCCCAAUAUUGUCGUAUUACGACUCUCCUCUAUACGCGCCGAGGCUGAAGACGUAUUCUCGUUGGGUCGAUUGGAGUUACUUGAGGUCAGGGACCUUACCACGAGUCUCAAUAGAGUCAAACUUCCGUCUCUUCGGCAUUUAUUCAUCCAUAAUUCCCCCCGCUUGAUCGUAUCAAUCCACAACGAGUUACGCUUCCAGCUCACUACGAUUCUCUACAGCGAGUACCCAGGCCAAUUUUCCUCCUCUGUCUACAUGACUUCUAUAGAUACAUGGUGGGACGCUGGAGAUCUGAAGUUACUCGAGACCUCGGACUACGACUUGGCUACCUGUAGUCGAAAGAUUAUUUCACUAGCGGCAAACCACCCACUAGAGCAUCUCGUCGUUAACCUUCACCUUGACUUUCGCCGGAAUUCGUACCGAACCACGGCGUCUCUUCUCCACGCCCUAGGUGGGUAUCCAAGGCUGCGUCGCCUAUCGGUCGAUGUUCAAGGCUUGACGUCCUUUGAGAGGAUGCGAUUACGCCUGACCUGUUCUCUGCGCGGUAUCGCUUGGACACCACUUCCGCAGGUACCGAAUCCAUCUCCGCGUUCGUUUGUCGACACUGGGCGCGCAAUCAUAGAUAGAUGGCUCGAACAUCACCGUCUGAAACGGAGCAUUGAUGGCUAA